AUGGUGCGCCUGGCGGCGGAGCUGCUGCUGCUGUUGGGGCUGCUGCUGCUCACGCUGCACAUCACGGUGCUGCGCGCUUCGGGAGGCGCCGACGGGCCCGACACGGCCGAGGGCAACGCCAGCCGGGCCCAGCUGCAGAAUAACCUCAACAUGGAAAGUGAUUCCACAUUGGAAACCAACUUUCCUCUCUCCAAGGAAGCAGCAGGGGAGCAUCCAGACGACCAGACUGCACACCAACCCUUUCCCAGACAGCGAUUCCAGCAAGAGACGGGGCAUCCUUCACUGCAGAGAGAUGGCCCCAGAUCUUUUCUCCUUGAUCUACCAAACUUUCCAGAUCUUUCCAAAGCUGAUAUCAAUGGGCAGAAUCCAAAUAUCCAGGUCACCAUAGAGGUGGUCGACGGUCCCGACUCUGAAGCAGAUAAAGAUCAGCAUCCGGAGAAUAAGCCCAGCUGGUCAGUCCCAUCCCCCGACUGGCGGGCCUGGUGGCAGAGGUCCUUGUCCUUGGCGAGGGCAAACAGCGGGGACCAGGACUACAAGUACGACAGUACCUCAGACGACAGCAACUUCCUCAACCCCCCCAGGGGGUGGGACCGUCCGGCCCCAGGCCACCGGACUUUUGAAACCAAAGAGCAGCCAGAAUAUGAUUCCACAGAUGGUGAGGGUGACUGGAGUCUCUGGUCUGUCUGCAGUGUCACGUGCGGGAAUGGCAACCAGAAACGGACCCGAUCUUGUGGCUACGCAUGCACCGCCACGGAAUCUAGGACCUGUGACCGUCCCAACUGCCCAGACACGCUGCUUGCAAACCAGAAAUACUUGGAACAAAAAAAGAAGUGGAAAGAGAGAGAGGAAGGGUCAGAGAUAGAGGAAGGAUUGGGAAUUGAAGACACUUUCAGGACAGCUGCCACUGAAGUGAGUCUGCUUGCGGGAAGCGAGGAGUUUAAUGCCACCAAACUGUUUGAAGUUGACACAGACAGUUGUGAGCGAUGGAUGAGCUGCAAAAGCGAGUUCUUAAAGAAAUACAUGCACAAGGUGAUCAAUGACCUGCCCAGCUGCCCCUGCUCCUACCCCACGGAGGUGGCCUACAGCACAGCCGACAUCUUCGACCACAUCAAGCGCAAGGACUUCCGCUGGAAGGACGCCAGCGGGCCCAAGGAGAAGCUGGAGAUCUACAAGCCCACAGCCCGGUACUGCAUCCGCUCCAUGCUGUCCCUUGAGAGCACCACGCUGGCUGCCCAGCACUGUUGCUAUGGUGACAACAUGCAGCUCAUCACCCGGGGCAAAGGGGCCGGCACGCCCAACCUCAUAAGCACCGAGUUCUCCGCAGAACUCCACUACAAAGUGGACGUCCUGCCCUGGAUCAUCUGCAAGGGCGACUGGAGCAGGUACAACGAGGCGCGGCCGCCCAACAACGGGCAGAAGUGCGCAGAGAGCCCCUCGGAUGAGGACUACAUCAAACAGUUCCAAGAGGCCAGGGAGUAUUAACGAGACGGGGCAGAGGCGGAGAGAUGCUGCCUUUGGUUUUGUGACAAACGCUUUGCACUGAUCCGCCGGCUGGCACCCGGUCCUUCCUAUCCGCCUGUGUGUAUAUCUGUAUAUACUACACGAGUAUUUUUUAUAAAUCACACUAGGGGUGUGCGCCGGCCCUGAAGCCAUCCUUGCCAUGUACAGUGCCUACAGACCUCCUCGAAGUCUUACCCCUCCCGGGGGCGUGUGGGCAGGAGGCUGGGAGGACAGAGAGGCCUGAGGAAGAAACCGGGAAGCCACAGUGGGUGUGAUUCAGGUCACACCCCAGGAUCCGGUGUUUCCCAGAGAAGCGAAGGGAGAGAGAGACUCAAGUUGGAAACGUUAUGAGCAGUCUUUCUAUAUAACUUAUUUAACACGAAUGAUGUGACUUAAGCUUAACCUUUUCUCUGGAGUUGUCCUUGUGAAACUCGUCACUUCUGUGAGAGUUCGAAAAGAAAGGGGCUUAGGGAAGUGGAAGAGAAAGGGAAAUUUUAAAUGAUUUCUUUAAAAAUAAAUAAUGCAACAAGAAAACACCCACUUUAAACCAAAGGUUUUUUAGUCCUAAGGCACCUUGCUGGAGUUGCAGAUGCCAAAAUUCCCUUGCCUCAGAUUGGGUAGCAGUUGGGGAUAUUUUUAAUAGCAAAUCUGAGGCCUGGUUUUAAAUAGGCUUUAAAAUAAAAGGCCAAUACUAACCGAAUUCUCUGAUUUCACUAAAAUGCCCCCAAAGAGUAGAAUUUCUGCUUGGUAGGUUCAGAAGACUGCAGGAAGUUCAGACAUAAAAAACAAGGAGUAGCACUUUUCCAAAGGAAAAAGUAAAAGAAAAAAAAAAAAAGAGAAAUGAGACAAGAAUAUGGACUUCAUUUCACUUAUUUUAAUACCAUCUUAAUUUUUUCUCCACCAAUUUAUUCCCAGUAAAUAAAUAUAAAAGGGGUGGAAGGGCUGAAGUCUGGGAAACCCUAAUUUUUAUAUAUAUAUUUUAAGAAAGGGGAAAAAUUUCAUUAUUUUUGUAAAGUAUUUAUUGAGUCAUUGGGUCUUGUGCAUCAGGCAAUUGUAAGAUGACCUGAUUCUGAAGGGCGGAAUUUAGGGGAAUAAAGAGUUGGUUUUCAUGCAAACUCACUUGCAAAACUUCAGGAAAAGAGAAAUAUAUAUAAAUAUAUAUAUUAUAUAUAUAA